GGGCCACGCCUACGCCUGAUAAAUAAUGAAAACAUGUCCUCCCCAUUUGAAAAUAAACUCUGAAGUUAGCGAAACUCAUCAUAGAAUUCUUUAUCACAACACAACGCGCGCUUGUCUAGUUGUGAAAUCUGUUCGCUUGCGUUUAGUUUUCAGUUUUCGACAAUAGUUGAGCGCAGCGAGCGACACAGCGACAGACAAGACAGACGACAGACGACGUACACACAGACACAAAAACACAAACAUAUACAUACACACACGCACAUACGAACGAACAGCUGUGAGCACACUCACACACACCCACACACACAUACAUACGCAUACACUGAAGCGCGACUCACUGAUAAACAGAGUAAAAGCAAACUGCCAAAGCGGCAAAACGGGCAGCAGCAACAACAACAACAAGAGCAAAACGCAACACUGCAAACUGCAAGAAAGAGAUAGAGCGAGCUUUAAGCGCGGCUUAGCGACAGCUGAAGCGACGCGAAAGCGCGGCAUCUGCAAACGGUAAAUGUUAAGCGGCAAACGGUAAACGGCAAGCGGCAAACGGCAAACGGCAAAACGGUAAACAGUGCUUACGUAGUCAGCGUUCUCAACUCAGACCCUCACGUUGCCUUGCGUCGCGUUCACGUUCACGUUCACGUUGCUCGUUGUCUCGGUCAUGCGGUCAACAUCGGUCAUCGGUUAUCGGUUAUCGGCCAGACAAUUACGCACAAAUUAGAGUCAGUGAGGAGAAUUGUUUUAAAAUUGUUAAACGCGCAUUUCGCUUUCUUGUGCUCCUUCUUAUUGUUGUCUCCUCUUUACCGUGCAAUUAUCACACACACAAACACACACACACACACACAUCACACACAAUCGCGCGCGCAUUUGGCGACGGCUUUUUUUGUUGUUGCUUGGAGCCACCAAAAUUCCUAAACAAUUUUUUUCUUGUGCUUUUUUUCUCAGUUUUGUUGCGCGCCGUAGACAAAACUCCACAGCAUCGAAUCCAAAAGAAAUACAACAAAAUAGUAAUGCAAAUGAAAUUCAAUUAAAUCAAGUGCAUAAUCAAAACACAGUGUAUGGAAAAAAUUGUUAUCAAAAUAUAAAAGUUAAUCAAAUCUCAAGCGAGAGCGAGCGAGAGAGCCGAAGGAAAGCUACAUCGAAGCACACAUAACAAAAAUAAAAAAAAGAAAAGCAAAGAAAAGAAAAGAAAAAUACACAUAAAAAAAAGUCUCAAUUGCUCAAUUGCCAAAGAGUCGACGCCUUUUUGGGUACGCAUAGUAUUUGACGUCCUGCAUUGCAGGACAGUCCUUAAAGUUGUCAAAGUAAGUGCUUCAAAAUUUACUCGCCAACGACAUUUGACGCCUCAAGGGCGUUCAAGCUGGAGGAGGAUUUCGUCGGCGGCUGCAUGACAAUGUCGAUGUAUUCGACAACGGAUAAAAUGAAAAUGUCAGCGCCCAGUUGUUUUCCAGGACGCUACAGUCCAUCCUAUCGAAGUUCUGAGCAAAUGCGACGCUGCAUGCCAAAUCCAUCUAGUCGUUUAUUAGAAGAUGCUUCCCUAUUAUGCAAUUCGUGGUCAGCACGUCAGAAUGGUGAUAUUUUUGCGGGUAUCAACGACGGCAUACUCAGUAGAGCGGAAGCUCUCGCCGCCGUCGACAUUCAGAAGCACCAAGCCCAGCAUGUACAUAGCCAAAUGCCCUCCCAAAUCAAGCACGAUGUGAUGUACCAUCAUCACACAAUGAGUGGCCCCCCGCAACGUCCACUACAGAUGCACCAUUCAAUGGAUCAACUGGACAUGCUAGAUCCGACGGGCUCGAUGACAACGUUAGCGCCCAUCUCGGAAUCGCCAUUAACGCCCACACACCAACACCUGCACGGUUCCUAUCACAGUAUGAAUCACAUGAUGAGCCAUCACCAUCCGGGCACGUUAAGUGGCCACACGGCGGGUAAAUAUCAGUUCAACCAGCAGCAACCACAUCCCAACCACUGUGCUGAUUACCAAGCAUUUAAUGCAGGGCACCAUGGGCAUUCAGCGGUACAUCAUCCUGUCAUCACGGCGGCUGUCGCAGCCGCUGGCCUGCAUCCCGACACCGACACCGAUCCGCGAGAGCUGGAAGCGUUUGCGGAACGCUUCAAGCAGCGUCGCAUCAAGCUUGGUGUCACGCAAGCCGAUGUGGGCAAGGCCCUGGCCAAUCUCAAGUUACCUGGCGUCGGUGCACUGUCGCAGAGCACAAUCUGUAGAUUCGAGAGCCUGACGCUGUCGCACAACAACAUGAUCGCACUGAAGCCCAUUCUGCAGGCGUGGCUGGAGGAGGCCGAGGCGCAGGCGAAAAACAAGCGGCGGGAUCCCGAUGCGCCCAGUGUGCUGCCGGCGGGCGAAAAGAAAAGAAAAAGGACUUCCAUUGCGGCACCUGAAAAGCGUUCCCUGGAAGCCUAUUUCGCCGUCCAGCCGAGACCGUCGGGUGAGAAAAUCGCUGCCAUAGCCGAAAAGCUGGAUUUGAAGAAAAACGUGGUACGCGUCUGGUUCUGCAAUCAACGCCAAAAAACAAAAACGUAUGAAAUUUGCCGCACAACAACACUGACAAUCAAAUAAUACAGCCACACAAUUAGGUAUAGUUAGUAGUGUAACACCAUCAAUGACUGGACACGGUUCGGCGGGAUUCGGAUACUGAUAGUCAUUUAUGACGGCAGCGGCAGCGACAGCAACAGCAACAGAAGCAGCAGCAACAGCAGCAGCAACAGCAGCAGCAACAGCAGCAGCAGCGGUGGCAACAGCAACUACAACUAUAACAGCAGCAACAGCAGCGGCAGCAGCAACAUCAUCAGCAGCAGCAGCAACAGCAGCGGAAGCGAUAGCGACAGCGACAGCAGCAACAUCUUCAACAUCAUCUUCUUCUUCUUCUUCUACUUCUUCUUCUUCCACUUCUUCUCUACCCAUUAUGGGCGACUAUUAUCUUUAGUGAUUCGAUUCGGAUUCGGAUUGGGAUUCGGAUUAGCAUUAGGAUUCGAUUCAAUUGGAUGAUGUUUGGCCGGCAACAACCACAACCACAAUAACAACAACAACAACAACCACAGCAACAACAUCAACAACAGCUACAACAAUCUCACUCUACUUCUCAUUUUACAGUCUGGGCAGCCCACAAACACAACUACACUUACACACACAUACACACACACACACAGACACACACACACACAGACACUCGAAACACACACAUGAUAAAAGCUAUAACAAAAUCAUAUAUAAAAAAAAAUAAGCAAAAAACAAAAAAAAAAGAUGAAAACAAAAAAAAACAUGAAGAAGAACUACAAGAAUUUUUUAGGAACGAAUAAUGAAACAAUGGACCAACAUAUCAAAUGCAAUAAUUUAUUCAAUUGUAUAGGAGAAAAAGGUGGGUAACAAAAAUAAUAAAAUACACAUUAAUGCAAAUAUGCGAAAACUACAAGUCAGCAGGAUAGAAUCGAAUACAAUAUGAAUACACUACAUCGAUUGAAAUGCACUAAAGCUUUUACAUUAAACACUUGCAAUUUAUUCAUUUCGAAUCAGUGGACAGGGGGCAGUAGGCAGUGGGGGCGUGAUGAAAAUUCGAAAACCAAGUUUAGCUGUAUAUAAGCUGUAAGUAAGAAAAAUUUCAUAGCUCUAGCUGUUCUAGUCCCUGAGCUUUAGCUGCUUGAACCAACGGACGCACAGACAGACAGACAGACAGACGAAUUUCGCAAUAAAUCUCUCGUUCUCUUUCGGGGAUCAAUUUUGAUCCUGUCGCUGAGGAUUUACUAGCGUUGAACUAUCUCUGAGCCUAACACUUAAGUUAUUUGCCAAUGUCCUUUGAUGUGCCAUACUAAUCAUCAAUUUUGCAAUCACUUUUUUUUAUUUUUCAGAUUUUAAAAUAAAAAAUUAAAAAAAAAACAUACGAAAAAAAACACUUUAAAAUGACGAAUAAAACGAAUGGCAUAAAAAGCCGAGUAGAUUCACAAACACAUUAACACACACACACACACAGAGCCACAUCAACACCAACACAGACAGAGAGAAAUGCGACCAGAAAAACUCCAUGAAAUUGCUUCAAGUGAUCCGAUAAUAAGAAUUGCGCUCUUUAAAAAAAAAGAAAUGAAACUAUAACUAAGCUAAACUGGGUAAACUAACUAAACACACACACACACAUACACACUCAAAAACAAACAGAUACUUGAGAGUUAUAUUAGCCUCUGCAUAUGUAAAUAUAUUCUAGAGUUUGAUUCGAUUGUAAAUACCGCAGCGAUCUCUUAAAAAAAAAAUCCAAAAAAAAACAACAUUUAUAGCGAUGAAAACGGUUUUUGGUAGCUUCAAAAGACAAAAACAACAACAACAACAAAAUGAAGAACAUCAGUAGAUGCAAUAGUUAAAAGUUUAGCCCAACCCUCCGCCUGAUCCAACUGAACCAGCUCCCGAACCAGAACCAGAACCAAAACCAGUAACCCGAACCGGAUCCAAUCCCAGCGGAACCUCACCCAGCAGGAAAUGUUUUGAUGCUUCCUUCAGUGCGUUAUAGUGCUUAGUUUUGUUUAUGUUUUGUAUCCAGUUAGCGACAUACUUAACCUUAGCACACAUACACAUCAUACACACACACACACACACACACACACACACACUCAAGCAGGAGAACAACAAACAAGAACAACAACAAGCUAAAGCGAGUAAUUUUUUUCCUAAUUAUAAGUAAACUAAUGCGAAAAAUGUUAGCAGCAACUGAGGAAAUUGCAACGAAUUUAAACUGUUGCCAAACUAAACUAACGAAAACAACAUAAAAAAUGCAAAUGCAAAUGCGAAUGCAAUAAAAACCAAAAAAAAAAAUAACGAAAA